AUGUCAGACCAGAACAGCACCGACGAUGGGGAGUCAGACCCCCAGCACAGCCUGUCUAUGGUCUUCCUCCUCGUCCUUGUCUUCUUCGUCAUGGGGCUGGUGGGUUUCCUGAUCUGCCAUGUCCUGAAGAAGAAGGGUUACCGCUGCCGGACCUUCCGUGAUGAGCUCGACCCAGAUAACAAAGAUGUGCUGGCAGAGCUUCAGGCCAAUGAAGAGGAGGAGCUGAACGAGGACACUGUGGAGAAGAUUGUGAGAUGCAUCAUCCAAAAUGAAGCAAAUGCGGAGGCCCUCAAGGAGAUGCUGGGGGACAAUGAAGGGGACAUCCCAGUGCCAGUGCCCAGCCUUUGUCCUCACCGUAACAGUCAGGAUGGGGGCCCACCACAUCACCACACAGUGCAUUUGGGCUCCACACAGGCCCCCUGCAUCCACUGCAGCAAGAGGAAGAGGCACCCACUGCAUCGGCAAGGACGGUCCAAAGAUGGCAAAAGCAGGAUGCAUCCUGGAGAGACCACUGUCUUCUCAGUGGGCAGGUUUCGUGUCACACACAUCGGGAAGAAACCCACUUUCCACGAGCAGCAGGACGGUCCCCUGCCUGACGGCAGCCGGGAGCUGAGCACAGAGGAGCUGGAGCACAGCAGUGACCGACUCCAGCGGGAGCGGGCUCACAAUGGGACUGUCCCUAUGGGUGGCCUGCAGAACGGAGCCAUCCAGAGCAGCAAGGGUGGGGAGCAGAGCCGCUCCACCACCCCAGCCCCGAACACACCAGCCAGCUCCUGCACUCGCGACAGCAGGCGGGUGGGCAGGGGGUCUGGCGUGGCAGGUUCGCUGCAGGAUGCUGGCACUGCUCCGGGGAGUGCGAGCCACCAGAGGAAGCUCCUGAGCCAUAGGGUGCUGGGCGGGUCAAGUCCCAGCAUCCCGGGAGAGCUGGUGCAGGAAGGAGCCAGCAUCUACCUGGAGGAGAUCGGACUGGGGUCAGCAGAUGAAGUGUCAGAUAUUCACGGAAGCCUGAGCCUGCACGAGCAGGUUGAUGAGUUGGGAAGAGACGACAGCAGCAGGAAACAGCCCGGAGUGGAGGACAUGGGGCAGCAGGAACCCAGCACCGUGGUGCAGGACCGAGGAGCAACUGUGUGA